UGUUUCAAAUCGUGUUAGUACUCAGACUCCUGUUAUCUGCCCUACAUGAUCAGAAGACAGUUUCACAACAACUCAAUAUAGCUUGUCUUUCAAUCAACUUUUUAUCCCUUUUUUGCUUCAUUUAUAACCAUAUCUCCUACAGUGUGGACUUAAAGGAUCCAUUACAGCAACAUUCAACUAUUGAAGAAAGAAUACUAGAAUGAGAGGAUACUGAUCUUUGUUACAUCCUUAUUAUCUCAUAAACAAUGGAGGAAGCUGCAACCAAUGAAAUACAAGAAGUAGAUCUUCCAAGUGGUGUCAAAUUGCCGCAAAGUUCUACAGAAGACAAAAAUAUAAAUAAGGAAGAAGAAAAUAGCGAUGAUAAAGGUGAUCAGGCAGUUACAUCACCUGUUGCAAAGGCAGAAGGAAAUGAACCACAAGAAUCUGUACAAAAUUCUGUCGAUAAUGUUGAAUCUGUCAAUCAAUUAGGCAACCCAAGUAUGAACAUAACAGUAGCAUCCGAUGAAACAAAUAAAGGAGCAAUUGAUCAGGAAAAAGAAAAAUCUCAGUCAAUAAAUAUUGAUAAUCAGGAUAUAUCGCUGACUGCAGCAGGUGUUACGCUGAAUGAUAGUAAUGUACCGCAAAUGGAGAAUACAGUAGAAACCUGUACCAAUGUAGAUCUUGUAGAAAAGGACCAUGAUGGAAAGGUCGAUACUGGCAAACAACUUGACAAGAAAGAUGAUGUUGAGACUGUAGUCCCAUCAGAAGAAGUAGAAGGGGUUGCACCAACUGAGGCAUCAACACAAGUUGUUGAUAAAGAGUCUCCUGAAAAAGAUGAUAGUAAGACUGAAGUAUCUUCAGAGAAAGCAGAAGGGGUUUCAACAAGUGAGAGUCCACCUUCAGCACAAGUAAUCGAUAAAGAGACUGCUGAAGGUGACAGUGGAGUGCCGUCACAGGGGAUGACAGAAGUUGCGAGCACUGAGAGUAAAACUUCAGGGAUAGAUGAUAAAGAAUCUCCAGAAGGAGAUGUUGGGAGGACUGAGAUACCUUCUGACAGCAAAGAAACUAAAAAUCCCGAAACUCAGCCAUUGGCACAACUGAUUGAUAAAGAGGCUACCAAAGAGGAAGGAAAUGAAACUAGAACCACUCCAGAGGUACAACCCCCUGUUGAUCAACCAGAAAUGCAGAACAAGGAGGAGGAAAGUCCUGUGUUGGCAGAGGCAAGUGAAGUUGCAAAAACUAAACCAGAGACUACUGUUGAUGAAGCUGGUGGUGAGGAAAAACAACCUGGAGAAGUAUCUUCAACUCSCACUACAUGGUACGCUGACGAAGAAGAAAACCAACAACAAGCAACCGAAGGAUACUCUACCACAGUAGUAGGAGGAGUAGUGAUGCGCAAAUCUCUACCAUCGACAUCUAGUGACCCCAAAAAACCUGCAAAGGGGCCGUCAACUGGCUCAGUGUUCAAAAGAAUGUCUUUUGGAUCAAUAUUUGGUAAAAGAAGGUCUACAAAAAAGAAACCUGAUAUGGCUCAACAGGCUGUAACAGAAACCCCAGUGCAUGAUGGGACUGAUGGGGCACAGGAGACGAAGCCUAAUGAUUCUGACAAAGAGGAAAGUAGUACACCAGUAGAAACUACAGCCGAGGAAGUUACCCAAGCAGCUGGGGGACUCAGUGAGGCAACAACAGCUGAGAAAUCACCAGACAAUGGGCCUGAAGAGACUGGAAAGAAAGUAGAAGAAGAGAAGGACAUUGCCGAAGGAGCCAUAGUACCACUAGAAGAGGGUGUUGUAGAGGAUGAUGAGAAAACAACCAAGAUGGUGGAUGAGGCUUYUGAACAGGAUGAGCGGAAAGAUGAUGUUGAAUCACCCCUUGAUGAAGACUCUUUACUAAGAGAGCGCAUAGCCAAACGAGAGUCUACUACUUCUUCUCACAGCCCUUCAAAACACAUGCAGAUGAGAAUGAGCUAUGCCGAGGGUACUAAGGAAGUAGAGGUGAUAGGUACUCGUGAAGCACCGUCCCAAAACAAGCAGGAUAAAAAGAACACAUCUAAAGACAACAACAGACUGUCAUGUCGUGAACUUGGUGAAGUGGACCAUGAAGGCUGGCUGACUAAGAGAGGAGGGGGAGCAAUAUUUGCAUCGUGGAAGAGAAAAUGGGUUGUAUUGAAAGAACAGCAUGUGUAUUACUACAAGACAUCGUUUGAUCCUGAGGCUGGAGGUGUGAUAGGUGUAAAAGACCAUACUAUAACAGCUGCUCCUGAAAUGAAGAAAAGAUUCUGUUUCAAGAUCGAGUCAGAAGAUCCUAAAGCUGCUAAGAUAUACUUUGCAGCAGACAGCCAAGAAGACAUGGAUAAAUGGAUAUCGGUGUUGGGUGCUUCUAGUCGAGGGGAGGUUAUCGUCCGUAAGACACAAAACCAGCAAUCUGGCGAUACUACGAUGAGAAAGAAAACAAACUCAAUGGGUAAAAGAGCUGGAUCAGUAUUAGGUAUUGGUGGUUACUAUAGCUACGAUGGCGAACUGGAAAAGACCGACCAAAGAAGACGAGCGUCCUUUGGAUCCUCGCCUAAAGAAGCCACCAAAAAUAUCAAACCUGUAGAAAACAAAGAUCGUAGUGAAUCUCCUACUGAUAAAGCAACUCCUAGUGACAUUCAAAGACUAUUGACCCCCAAAGCAGAAGGUGAUAGUGUUGAUGGUCCUAUUGCCUUGGAAACAUCUACAACUGCCCCCUUACAGGAAGAGUCUUGUUCACCUGAAGUUUCGCCUAUUGUUGCCUCGGCAGUCGAAAAUCAAGAACAAAAACCAUUAAACUUGGAGGCAGAAGUGAAAAUAUCUUCGAGUGAAACACCAAAGGAAGAAUAUUCGCCUGAAAUUAAACCUCUUGAGAAAACCAUGGCAACGCCCGAAACUAGCCAAUCAGAAAUCAAGGAAACCAAAACAAUGGUAACGGCUAAUGUCAGCCAAUCAGAAACUAAAGAAACGAAAACAAUGGUAACGGCUAAUGUCAGCCAAUCAGAAACUAAAGAAACAAAAACAAUGGCAACGCCUAAUGUCGGCCAAUCAGAAAUCAAAGAGUCAUCGGAAGAACAAAAAGACACAUGUGUUGCCACGCCCUCCCAACAACCUCCAAAACCCUCCAAACCAACUGAAUCAUCUAAUACCACAUGGUACUAUGUCUUAGAUGCUGAUAACGGUGACUGGAAUGAUGUCGACGAAUUAAAAGCUAAGGACUCAAAACGUGAAGCUGAUGAGUUGUUAUCACUUGUACGCACGAUCAAGGAUGCUAGACUAUCUAUAAUUGGUACCCCUUUACCAGGCAAUGAAGAAAGAGCGCGGGCCAUGACUCAUGUCAGUAAACAAAAUGAGGAAGUCUUGAAGCUGAGAGAGAUGAAAAGAGCAUUGAAGGAUAAACAAAGAGAUUUAAUGGCCAUGGAAGAGUUGUUAACAAAGGAUGUCAAUAGGCAAUCAAUCCACGAAUGGAAAACACGUUAUUCAUACCUGGCGCCUGAAGACACCACUGGUGAAAAUGAAAGUAUGGAUAAGGACUCUAAGGAUGAAAAAAAUGAAAUCAAUGGUUUAGAAAUACAGGGUGGAGAAGUAGAUGUUGGGGUAGUCUCAGAUGGUAAAGUAGAGGAAAAUAAGGUAGACGACGGUGCUGAUGUACACGAGGUUAAAUCAGAAGAAACUGUAGAGGAGAAGACUUUUAUGCCAGAACAUGAUGGAGACGUGCGGAAUGGUGGAGAAGACCAAGGUGCUAAACUAGAAGACGGUGAUAAUGUACACGAAGUUAAAUCAGAAGAAACUGUAGAGGAGAAGACUUUUAUACCAGAACAUGAUGGAGACGUACGGAAUGGUGGAGAAUACCAAGGUGCUAAACCAGAAGACGGUGAUAAUGUACACGAAGUUAAAUCAGAAGAAACUGUAGAGGAGAAGACUUUUAUACCAGAACAUGAUGGAGACGUGCGGAAUGGUGGAGAAUACCAAGGUGCUAAACCAGAAGACGGUGAGGAUGUCAAAAAAGGUGGAGAUACUCAAGACGGCAAAGAAGACGAUGGUGGAGAAACUCAAGAUGAGAAAUUAGAAGAGGUUGAGGACGUUCAAGAAGACAGGAAUGGUAAUGGGUCACCUAAAGAUAAUAAACUAGAAGUGAAUGGAGACGCACCAAUAAAUGCGAAUAAUGAUGCAAAUGAUAUUAGGCUAGCCGAGGAGGAAGUUCACGAGAAGAAAAAACGGGACUCAGAUGAUGAAGCUGGAGAAUCAGCGAAACAAGCCACACAAGAAGAAAGAACAGAAACAAACAAUAAUAGUGGAACUAAACAAGACAAGCUCACAGGACAAUCAGAACCAGAGAAAAACGAUGAGGAAAAUGGGGAUGAGAAAUCUAUCGACACCUCUGAAACAUUGCCUGUGCAAGAUCAAGACAGUAUUGAUACUCGAUUUUAAAAUACCGUCUAGUAAUCUCAGACAAUCGAAUUUCUUACACUGACUUAUUACUAUUAAUGAGUAUUUGUAUUUCAUAAACAUGACUGAAUCUUUCAUAACACACCUUGCUUGGUGUAAUCAUUUCCAUUUAUUUUUUUUCAAAACGGCUGAACUAUUUUUCAAAAUUCUGUAGUUACUAAAACAAAAGUAAUUAGAGAUAAGGGAAACAUAUUUCAAGUAUAAGUUGCACUCAUAGAUAUUUUUGGAGAUAUAUUUUUGAUAGGCAUAUUAUAGACUUUUUUUAAGAAUACGAUAAUCAAAUUGAUUUCCAGUAUUUUCAUUUCCGAGGCUCAAGACUUGACCAAACUUAUCGCUACUCUCCAAGUAGAGGCUGCCUUCUUACCCUUAGCAAAACUACUGUCGGAUAAGGGUUUUCCUUUCUUGAAAGGCAGACUUCGGUAUGUGGAGUAAACGUGGAUGUGGGGAAAAAAGACUUUUGCAUAGCGUGCAAAAAUGAUCUGGCAAUUGGUUAUCCUGAUCGAGUUGGCAUGCAUUCCUUUGUGGGACAGUUUUAAAAAAUUAAAUGGACACCAUCUUGGAAAUAUGACCCCCAAAACUAUCCCACAAUGCACUGCAAUGUCAAUCGUUCCAGUCUUUUCCUCAACAUCGGAAUAUCUAAUUGAGGUAUGCCUCGAGAUCUCUUGUUCGACAGUUGUCAUUAGCUUUUUCCAUAAUGCUUCGGAGGUACAGGUUUGGUUCUAGUCGUCACCUGGACAAGUCUUCCUCGGAAAGAAAAUCAUGGCUUGAGGUCAUUUGAAGCAUUUUUUAAAAAUAAAAGUAAGAAUAAUCAUGCAAUUAAAAAAUGCACUAAAUUUA